ACCCUUCCUUUCGGCGAGAGACGUCGAUCACACAAACAAAGCCGUGUGUGCGUGUCUGAACUCUGAACUGUGAAUAGCUGAAACUCUCUCUCUCUCUCUCUUCUCUUCUCUUCUCUUCUCUUCUCUUCUCUAUCUUCUCCUCCGGUGAACAGAGUUGGAACACGAAUCAAGGCAGGGCAGGAUGGCCGUAGUGCUAGGCAACUUGGUGGUCCUGGUAUCUCCUUGGGCUGGAAUUCCGGACCGGAAGGCUUGGCCGAUGCUUGUUGACGUGGUUAUGAACAUGCCCAGGAGGGAUUUGCACGCCAUCAACGGUGCCAACGUCUCUACUUCUCUUGCCGCCGCCAAGAGCUUCGACCCUGAUGGAGAAACCAAGAAUUUUUGGAUUGGCGAUCGACACAGAGCUAAUUCCAAGGCUAAUACUUUCGAUUUUGAUGCCUAUUCAAGUGACGAGGAUAACAAUAACAAUGGGAAUGGAGACGAGGAUAACAACGAGUACGAUUGGGAGAAAAAAAUGCGGAAGAGAAUGAAGGAGUUGGAGGAGAUGAAAGAGCUUGAGAAGAAAGCAGAGGAGUUGCAGAGUCGAAUGGAUGACGAUGAAGGCGAUGGUGAUGGCCAAGGCAAAGAAGAGACGGAAGAAGAGAAGAGGAUUAGAGUGAAAAGAGCACUCGAAAAGGUGGCGAAGGAGCAGGCUGAGCGGAGAGCGACGGCCAAGUUAAUGUUUGAGUUGGGUCAGAAGGCUUAUGGGAAGGGCAUGUAUGGUCGGGCUAUUGAGUUCUUAGAGGGUGCCCUCACAAUCAUUCCCAGACCUACUCUGUUUGGUGGAGAGAUACAAAUAUGGCUCGCGAUGGCUUAUGAGGCUAAGAACCGCCACGCAGAUUGUAUUGCUCUCUAUCAACAGCUGGAGAAGCAACAUCCUUGUGUCAGUAUCCGACGCCAAGCUGCUGAGCUUCGCUACAUUUUGCAGGCACCCAAGCUUAAGAUAUCUGCUGAAGAGAUGGUUACCAUACCAUUGAUUGGUUCCAGUUAUGACAGCUACGCAGGGACAUGGAGCGACAAAUACAAGGAUAGGAAUCAAAGGAGAGGCGAUGUAACAACCAAUCAGCUUCCUUCUUCCAGGGACUUUUUAGGUGACUUCUUGGUCUGGCGACCACAGGAAGGGUGGGAGAAGAACCAAGCUUUUUGGUUUGCUGUAACCCUUUGGCUGGGCUUGGUUGGAGUUGCCCUCUUUGUUCAAAGAUGAAAUGCAUCACAUUCCUGCACACUGGCUUGCGUCACUACAUGCAACUGUGCUCUUUUGCAUGCAAAAAAAGAUUGAGCGGCUAAAUUGCAUGGGUACGCACUUCAACAUACAAAUGCAUGCAAGAGCACAUAGGUUUCAGCAAUCAGUAUAAAAGGUUUCCAUUGUAAAGCUUGCAACAGUGUAAAUUAUAGAAAAAAUCUGCCAUUUCUUCAUAACCUUGUAUUGUAUACAUGUUAAAAUGACUUGUACAAAUGAAUUUAUUUAUGUGGAGCAUUGAGUUCAAUUUUA